AGAGCUCCUCUCCAAGGAGGGAGCAGCUCCAUGGAUCCCUCUCCAGCAGAGGACAACAGACAUGGAUAAGAAGAGGAAGCCCAAGUCCCAGCGCUCCAGCCCCUUGCCCAGCUGGCUGGAAGACGACACACCCAGGAGGGGGCUGUCCCAAUGGGAAGAAGAUGUGACACUUCAAGAACUCUAUGAAUGGGAAGAAGAAGUGAGAAUCCGAGAACCUUCCCAACGGAGAGGCCGGAGACGCCGAGAGCUCUACAAGUUUGAAGAAGACGUGAGAGUCCGAGAGCUUUCCCAGUGGCGUGGUGGGAGACACCCGGAGCUGUGCCAACGGGAAGAAACUGUGACAGGCCAGGAGCUGCACGAAUGGGAAGAAGGUGGUGUGAGAUACCACGAGCUGACCCAAUGGGAAGAACGUGUGACAAUCCAAGAGCUGCCCCAAAGGGAAGGUGUGAGUGACAAAAGGCUGUCUCAGGGGGGAGCUGAUGUUGGUUACAGCAGUUGGGACAAACCUGUGAGCGCUGGGGAUGCCCAGGCUGUUCCCCUGGAAGGGCCCAGCUCUCCCACCAGUGUGGGCACAGCGGUGGCAGCAGGGGCAGCCCGUGAGCUGCCCAGUCCAGCUCCUGCCCCGCUGAGUCCCACGGAGGCCGAGCCAGCAGCUCCUGCCCCAGCUGGAGCUGCCGAACAGGAGGAGCCCCAGGAGCCUCUCAUUCCUGAGGAGACAAAGGCAGAAGGUUCUCCAAGCGUUGGGGAGCUGGUGCCAUCAGCAGGGACAGAGAGCCCGGUCCCUGCCCCACAGAGUCCCUCAGAGAGCAGCCAGGCCCUGCUGGACAUGGCCGAGCUCAUCACCACUGAGAUCCUGAAGAAGGCUGAGCUUGUGAUGCAGGGAUCUGAGCAGCAGCUGGAAGAACAGGGAGACAUGGAAGAAACCACAGCUGCAGAAACACAAGAAACAGCAGCAGGGAUAGAGAGCCCAGUCCCUGCCCCACAGAGCCCCUCAGAGGGCAGCCAGGUCCUGCUGAGCAUGGCUGAGCUCGUCACCACUGAGAUCCUGAUAAAGGUUGAGCUUGAGAUCCAGGGAUCCAGCCAGGAGCUGGAGGAACAGGAAGACCUGGAACAAAGCACAGCUACAGAAAUGCAAGAACGAGCAGCAGGGACACAGAGCCCAGUCCCUGCCCCACGGAGCCCCUCAGAGGCCAGCCAGGUCCUGCUGGACAUGGCUGAGCUCAUCACCACUGAGAUCCUGAAGAAGGCUGAGCUUGAGAUCCUGAAGAAGGCUGAGCUUGAGAUCCAGGGAUUUGUCCAGCAGCUGGAGGAACAGGGAGACCUGGAACAAACCAGGGCUACAGAAAUGUUAACAACAGGUACCGCAGGCAGGCCAGAGAGCCUGGACUCUCUGCCACACAGCCUCUGCUGCCACUCCUGCCCUGUGUUCACCUAUGUGGAAGCCAAGGCCCUCAGUGGGCAGCAGGAGGUGGGAGAAGGGGGGUCAGCCCUGGCAGUCCAGGAGACCGAGGAGGGGGCGUUUGCCGAGGAUGAGAACAACUGGAAAUUCUACGACGAGCUGGAGCUUUGCAAGCAACAGGAUGAGAAAGAAGUCAAUGGCUACCGGUGGGAAGACGGCAUCGGCCAAGAGCUUUCCCAGGAGGAAGACUGCAUUGGCCAAGAGUUUCCUGAAGGGGAUGUUAAGAGACACUCAGAGCAGUCCCAGCGUGGAGGUGACAGUGACAGGGAGCUCACACUGGAGAACUGCGAAUGCGUGACCGCCCACAACACCCAGGAGGAGGACGAGUGGGAGGAGUUGGGUGUCCUGGAGCUGCCCCAAGGAGAAGGCACGGAACACAGGCUGGGAAUCCUUGCGGAAGAGGGGCUCCCGGUGCCUGUCCCUCGCGAGGCGUGGGCUGAGCGCCGGGCACCUGCUCCGUGCUCAGCAGGGCCGGUCUGUGCCUCCCCUCCCCAGCCAGAGGCCCAGGCCCUCCGAGGGGCUGCAGCUCCUCCUGCCUUGGACAGACAGGUGGCAGAAGCAGCGACACAGACCCAGGGCCCCAGGGAACAUCCCUCUCGUUUCUGGCGGAUGCUCGGGGCUCUGCUCGGGCUGUUCCGCACCUGCAGACCGGGACAGCCCCAGGAUUAGGCCCCGCUCCAGUGCCGGGCCAGGCCCGGAGGGGGCAGCUGGCCCAGAGCCUGUACCAUGCCCCGAAGGCACUGCAUGCACACGUUCCUACAGGAUGACCAACCCCUGGCUGCUUGGGAUCACUCCAAGUGGAUCUCACCGAGACCAAACAGCACCAAACCAGCACCGAUGGGGGACAGUUCGUGCCAAGGUGGCUCAGUGGAGAACCACAGGGAAUCCUCAAGGCUGGCAGAGACCUUCAGGAUCAUCCAGUGCCACCGUCACCCAGCACCACCAGAAUCACCCCGAAACCACGUCCCCAAGGGCCACGUCCAGGUGCUUCUCCAACACUUCCAGAGACACCACCAACCACCUUCCGACUCCAUCACUGACCAGCGACACCUACUCGAUUCCUGACUGCUCCUGCUGGGAAUGAGCCAACACAGGACCUCCCAGAACCUCUCUGCAGGACUGCCACAGCCACAACUAUUCCACAGCAAAUGAAAGUUGGCUUAAAUUAAUAAUCAUUAUAACAAAUUAUUAAAAACCAAUAAAUUAAAAAUAAAAUAUAAUAAAAAACCUAAAUGAUUGGAUGUCAUAAUAAUUAUUAAUAUAUACUCCAGCAUAUUAUAUAUAUAUGUAAUGAUACCAUCUAUUAUAAUUCAUUAUAAUAAUUAAAUGUUGCCUUAUAUUCCUUAAAAUAUUACCACAGUUGCAAUGCGUUUGCCCAGGGAGUGACAAAGAAAAUGAAGACAGAACACUGCUCAAGUUACUUAA